AUCUUCUCAUCGAAGCUCGUUUCUCUCUCUUUCUACUUCUUAAAAAGCCAGCAAUUUGUUUCUUCGAUCUUCAACCUAACAUUCAAAGAAUGGACCUUGGCCAGAGCUCUCGAUCGAACGACGACAACGAAGACGAAAUCUGGGCGAAGCUCGUUCCUAUUGACUCAAGAUAUCAAGAAAUAGAACUUAGGUCGCAAGAUACUCUCAUUUGUUCGGAAGUGAGGGAUUCCUCGAAUGAGAAGUUUACGUGGUGUGAGAUAUCCGGGAACUUGGAUAAUGAUUCUGCAAGAAUCAGAAACUUGAGUUCAAAUAAAAUAAUUGUUGAUGGAACUGCUGUUGGAGAAGAAGUUGUCGAUAUAAAGUGUGGAAGUAAACUUACUUCUGGCCCCUGUAAAAAAGGGUUCUUAAGUUAUACUUUUGAAUUUCUACCCUCCCAGAGGCGUGAAAGAAAAAGUAUGAAGAUUUCCUUAGAUGUCGAACAUGCAAAAUGCAGUAUAUGCCUAAACAUAUGGCAUGAUGUUGUCACCGUUGCUCCUUGUCUGCACAAUUUCUGUAAUGGUUGCUUCUCAGAGUGGUUAAGGAGAUCUUCAACCCGUUCUCAAGAUAAGCAGAAAAGUGUAGUCUGUCCCCAGUGUCGAGCAAUUAUAUAUUCUGUGGGAAGAAACCAUUUUUUGCAUACUCUUGAAGAGGCUAUCCUGGAAAAAUUUUCUUCGCUAAAGCAUUCGGAUGAGGAGAUUGCACAGUUAGAUACAUAUGCUUUGGUUAAGUCAAAUCUUGUCUUGGGGAUUGAAAAGAAAACAUCAAGAAAGAGGCCUUUGUCAUCAAGUGACGAAGGUAGUGGUGCAGAUCUUCCAUGCCCCCAAUGUGGCAUUGCAAUUGGGGGAUUCAGAUGUGGUCGGGUGACUACCCACCUACAGUGUCAAGGAUGCGGAGGAUUGAUGCCAUCUAGACCUGAUGUCGGUGUUCCACAGCAUUGCUUAGGAUGCAAUAGAGCCUUUUGUGGUCCUUAUUGGCAUUCUCAAGGUGUAGAUCCAAAUGAAUACGACAUAAUUUGCAAUCAGCAAACAUUCAGACCAAUAUCAGACCGCACCAUUUCAAGACUUCCAGAUUCAAUACAUCAAAAUAAUCAGUAUGAGAAAGAUGUUACAGACAGGUGCAUACAGAAAAUGGGAAAGACAUUGCAGGCUGUUAUCUCAGAUUGGAUCACUAAGUUUGACAAUCAAGAAAUUGACAGAUCAAGAUUACAAUUAUUUCAUGCAGAGACUAUCACUUCAAGGACGCACCUUUGCAUUGAUUGCUAUGACAAAUUGGUAGACUUUCUCCUGUAUUGGUUUCGGCUAACAACGCCUAGAAGUUUUCUACCACCUGAUGCAUCUGGAAGAGAGAACUGCUGGUAUGGUUAUACAUGUCGAACUCAGCACCACAACCCAGAUCAUGCCCACAAAAGGAACCAUGUUUGCCGUCCAACCAGAGGCAACCCCUUUCCUUAGCUGUCGAACCGCUGCCUCCCUCUGUUUUGCUGGUAACUUCGGAAGCCUGUGCCCUGCUUAGCUUUGCUGAUAUUUUGUGUGGUCUCAAGAUGUAGCUGUGAAUGAUGUUUGACGUAUUAUUUAUCAUCCUAUUUUGAUAUGUGUAUAUUGCCUUUUUGGCCCCAUUUGUUAUGUAAGAGUGACAUAUCAUGAUGGCUUACAGCAAUUGGCUUUUAGAAUAGCGGCGAAGGUUACUUGCAUCCCCUUCAGUUUUCUUGGUAUUUUGGAAAUCAUCAUAAUGUACACUGAUGCUUUGGGCAUACGUACCUUUUUGAGUAAGAACAGGAAUAACUUUCUUCA